UGUGCCUGGCGGUCAAUGGCGUCCCAGCGCUCUGUCGGCCGGGGGGAGAAGAAAAAGAAGGUACCUGCUGUGCCAGAGACCCUUAAGAAAAAGCGAAGGAAUUUCGCGGAGCUGAAGGUGAAGCGCUUCCGGAAAAAGUUUGCACUGAAGACGCUCCGGAAGGCACGGAGGAAGCUCAUCUAUGAAAAGGCAAAGCAUUAUCACAAGGAAUACAGGCAGAUGUACCGGACAGAGAUUCGCAUGGCUAGGAUGGCAAGGAAAGCCGGAAACUUCUACGUGCCUGCAGAACCCAAGCUGGCAUUCGUCAUCCGAAUCCGAGGUAUCAAUGGUGUGAGCCCAAAGGUCCGCAAGGUGUUGCAGCUGCUCCGUCUUCGUCAGAUCUUCAAUGGCACUUUUGUUAAGCUCAACAAGGCUUCGAUUAACAUGCUGAGGAUCGUGGAACCAUACAUUGCAUGGGGGUACCCCAACCUGAAGUCAGUAAACGAGCUCAUCUACAAGCGUGGCUAUGGCAAAAUCAAUAAGAAGAGAAUUGCCUUGACAGACAAUUCCUUGAUUGCUCGAUCUCUUGGUAAAUACGGCAUUAUCUGCAUGGAGGAUCUGAUCCAUGAGAUCUACACAGUGGGUAAACGCUUCAAGGAAGCCAACAACUUCCUGUGGCCCUUCAAACUGUCUUCUCCACGGGGCGGGAUGAAGAAAAAGACCACUCACUUUGUGGAAGGUGGCGAUGCUGGCAACAGGGAAGACCAGAUAAACAGGCUUAUUAGACGGAUGAACUAAGGUGAGAGAUUGUAUCCUGACAGGACUUUUUGUUUGAGACAUUUCUGGCUGUUCUGGAACUUACUGUGUAGACUUGAUGGCUUGAGUUCAUUGAGGGUGUGCCUGGCUAGCAGGGAAGAGUUUUAAGGGAGGAUGUGUAAUCUUGAAUGAUACGUGUUAAAUGUUGACUGGGUGUGUCAUUGAGUUUUAAGGUGUGGAGGGGGUCUGCCUGCCUGUAAGGAUGUAUGCUCCUUUACAGCUGAUGUUGAGUUGUAGCUUGGACCAUAGUCUCUAACUUGUGUAUGUUUUUUUUUUUUUUUUUCCCUUUCAGGUGCCUGUGGUAUUUUUGUAAUCUGGUCAGUUAAUAAACAGUCACAGCUUGGCAAACUGAA